UAUUUAGCAGACUUGUAUUUCUUGCAGAGAGCCGGAAUUCAUGUGACUGAGGUGAUUUAUACUAUAAUUGAAGCAAUCUGCUUCUGCCUUCUGAUAACUCGCUGUGAUAUUGUCGCGUAACUGUCAAAGAUGCCGGUUAUUUAAAGGCACCCUGCACUGAUUGUGACGGCCAUCAGUAACAGCACUGGAAGAAGUACUUACUGUUAUAGGAUCUGCUAACUCUAUAUAGUCUAUUGGAAAUAUCUUUACUGGAGAUUUCACUGAGCUGGAUUGCAUUUGAUUCUGAAUACAUUUGGCAGUUGGAUGGUUUAUGUCCAUAUGAGAUCAAACACUGUCUUCCACAUUGGGGUAACACCUGGAUGCACUGAAAACAAAUUACUUCACCCAGCCAUUUGCAGCGCAAGGAUGAAAGUGGAAAUUGGAAUCUUGUCUUAAAAAAAAUCGUCCGGCUUUAUAGAAAAUGAUUGAGCACAGAAAGUAUGUGAAAAACAUGAGCAAAGCCAAGGUAUCAGGCGAACCAGGAGCCGUCCAUCCCUACUGAGCAGUACCAUGACUGGAGAAACGAAACAUGUGUAUGCUAUCAACAAUAAGGAACCCAGCACCAAGGAUACAGAUAAGGAUAUUGAUUUCCAACAACUUGGUAAAAACAAUGCAGUGGAGACUCCCAUGUGUUGUGUUUCUGAAAAGUCUGAAAGUGGAGUAGAUAAAGGCACCCAGUUAAACAGUAGGGAGAAAGAGCAUCAUAAUCAAAGAGAAGCUGUUAUAAGACCACAACAAGCCGGAAAGAUUGACUUCAAAUCACUUCAUAACAGGCAAAAAAAUUCCAGUGAUGCUACAUGGACAAAUAGCAAAGGUAGCCCACUUUCUCCUACUGGAAAGAACAGGGGAAAAGACAAAACUAAAAGAUCUGGAAAGGGCGAUCGUACCCAGCAUCAGCUCUACAGACUGAGUAUUACAAAUACAAGGCCCAAUCCUACAAUUGGGAUUGCUUAUCCACAACAAAAGGUAACACCACCUAAAAAGGUAGAUAUUACUCGUGGACCUGUCUCGGGUAGCUAUCGCUUUCAUGUCCCAAGUCUUCCUGAGAGGGAAGCAGAACUCCAACAGGAAGAUCUCAGUUUCAACCGGUGUUUCCAGGAGUCCAGCCCCAGCCUUACCUCCAGCAAUUAUACCUCACAAGCUGCUCCAGCUUCCAGAGCUCACCACAGCCUAAAACUUCAGCCACAAUCAGGCAAUUCUCAUGAAACACCAAGUUCUAAUGGACAGCUGCAUUAUUUGGAAUUCCAACCAAAUGGAAACUCUUGGCAUUCCCCUGAAAAAACUUUUCAAGGUUCCAGCAGCUAUGGUGUAUCUAGUCAAAAGCUAUGCCCAUUUUCUGAGGGCAAUAAAACUGACUCCCAUUACUUGGGGACUAUGCCAUUUCAGUAUCCAUUUCAGUCAUUGCAGGAAUCAACUGGUAAUUCAUUUUGCAACGAUGGAAAUAAUCAGGACUUUGUGGAUAUUUCCCUACUGGGGAACCAGGUAGCACAUAAUAUAUUAAAAUUUCAGUCAUCUUCAAGAGAAGGCCCAGAUGAUCCACAAAAUAAUGUUUCAUAUAAUAACAUAUUGCCAGAUAGCCGUACAUAUAGUUUACCUUCCCAGCAGUCUACAUUUUUGCAUGCACAGCAGGGAUCUCCACAUUUGCCAAACCCUCCUUGCUACCCAGGAAGGAAUGAACAUUCCACAGAUCUUAAUGGUGCUAUCUCCUCAACUGGUGCUAUAAAUUCAUCUGGUGCUAUAGAACAAACCCAAAGCACUUUUCAAGAAAACCAGCCUGUUUUUAACUCCAGUGAAUUUAGUUUACAUGAUAAUAGUGUGCUGACAUCAGCCAAUAACAGGCAACAACCUUCUAAAGACUUUUCACCUAAUCAAAGACUCCUCUCUCCAGGGAACACACUACGAAGGAAUAUACCACAAACUUCUCUAAGUCAAGUGCACUUUCCCAGCAAGGUGUAUAAUAGUGUAAACACCGGAUCUGUGCCUUUUGAUAAAAGCAUUUCCAGAAUACCUCAGACUUGGGAUGGAGGAAGUAAGGAUUUUUCAACCCUGGACCAAAAUUCUGUGCCAUACUCCGGAAAUCAGUUACCCUUUCAAUGUCAACCUAAUAUUGACCAGAGGCAGCCACUGAAAAAUUCCAGGAUGCCUUGGCAACAGAUCCAUUUUACCUCUGCCAUGCCAAAUCAAAACCGUGUAGAAUUGUCAAGGCAAAUUGGAAACCAAAAAGCUACCUAUCCUCUUGGUGGCUCUGAAUGGCAAGGAAGUAACUUAUCACAAAAGAUUCCACCAGGUUAUCACAACAAAAAACAUUUAAUAGUCGAGGGCAUAGCCACACAGAGGACUGAUGCUGGUAGGCAAAGCUAUGGUUCUAGUAAUGGUAUUUUGUAUGAAAGUACAACUGAACCAAACACUCAGCUAUGUGAUUCACGAAAUAAGAACAUUUUGUUUGGCAUGAGUCAGCCAAUACAGCAAUCACCAUCUUCAAGAAACAUGUCUAACCAUCUAGUGUCUUUGCCAACAUCAAGUUUAGUAGUUGGGUCGCCACCAAAUGGAUCACCUCUUCCUUCACCUCUUACAAACCCUGUAUCUGGUAGUACCUGUUCUUCACUUUCACCUUUGUCUAGCAGUCCUGUAAAUCCCAAUUCAGAUGAAAAACAAAAAACAAUUGCCCUUACAGCUUCUCCAUAUUUUCAGCAACAAUGUCAUUCAGAAAAUAAGUCUUUCCAUCCCAACGAUACUUUAAGUUCAGUGUCUCUUAUGUAUCACACUCAAGAAUCCAUGAAAAACUUUAAUUAUAUAGCAGAAGCGUCUAAAGAAGAACAGUUGUUUAAAAAUGUACAAGAGAAUCAGUACCAAAAACAAACCAGUGUAACAGGUAAAGGCUGUCUUGAAACCUAUGAAAAUGAACCUCCCCCACCACCUCCUUACUCCUCCCACCAUUUGCUAGCUAGUUCCUUGAGCAGUGCAAAUCUAGAUCAGCUAGAUGUUCUUCUUACCUGCAAGCAAUGUGAUCAGAAUUACAGCAAUUUGUCUUCCUUCCUUGAACACAGACAGUACUGCAGCUUGAACUCUACUCCUCAGAAUGAAAUAAAGGAUACCUUGAGGAUCCCAGAAGUAAGAAAGCAAAGUAUCGAUUCAUUAAAAACAUCCAGCACCAUUCCAGGAUUCACUAUACAGAAAGGACCAGUGGAACUUCAACCACACAUGAUUGGUCUAAAUAAAGCUGUGGACUAUCUCCUUGACAGUGAUUCCAAAGAAGAAAGUAAGGAGGACUUAAUUAAAGUUAAUGUUUUCCAUAGUCUAACCUCUAGUUCCUUGCCUUUAUCAGCUUGUGACACAUUAGAAAUGGAUGAGGCCAAACUUGACAGUCUAAUUACAGAAGCCUUAAAUGUCUUGGAGUUUCAAGUAGACAAUCCUGAAAUAGACAGCAGUUUUAUUGAUGUAUUUGUAGAUGAUGACAUUUCCAGUGCCAAAGUACCCGGAUGUGAACAGUCUUACAAAACAAAAGAAUCUAUAGACACCAAAAAAAAGCAAAAAGAUGAAGAUGAAAAGCUUUCUGAACACACACAAACAUCAAAUAUCAAUGAAGAAAACUAUGAAGCAAGCUUUUCUUUAAAUAAUAAGUACUCAAUUAUGAAAGUUAGUGAACAUCAACAUUUAGAAGUCAAAACAUCCUUAUUAGAAAAAGGAAAUAAUGGUAUUAAUGAAAUCAUGCCAAAAAUCCCAGAAGAUUGUAAAUUCAAAAAGACUGAUAAACAAAAUUUGAGCAGGUCAGAAUCUACAAAUGUAAAACUAAAUAAAAGUGAUCCUGAUUUUGACAUUAAAAAUACAUACUUCCAUGAUGAUCACAGAGAAACAAUUAUAGCUGCUUCCCUAGAUUUUUCCAGCAAUGAGAAUCACAAGCCACGAAGACCAUGCAUGAAGGAUGGAAAGAAAAAGAAACCGCACAAUGGAAGUUGGAGCAAGGAGCUGAUACAUAAAAUUGUCCAACAGAAAAAUAAGCUUCAUAAGCUGCAUGUCAAAAGUAAUAAAAACUUAGAGUUUUCAUUGGUAACUGAAAGACUUUUCCCCCCAACCAAAAGCCAUCCCUAUGGAGAAUAUGACUACAUUUCAGAUUCUGAAAAUGAAUCAGAUAUGUCUUCUUUGCAUGAAAAAAGAAUAACAAAUGACAGACUGAAGUACAAUUUUAAUCGGGAUAAUCAAGGGAGAAAUGGACGGACAAAAGGGAGGGAAUCCACAUGGAGAAUGGGAGAAGCAACACGAUUUCAGCUAAAAAAUAGGGAUUUCACAAACUCAAAGAAAGAGAUAUCAAAUAGGAUGCGACGAAGAAGCAGUCAAUCUUCAACCAGCAGUGACCAAAGCACAAGUUUUUCAAGCGAAACAGGUUCAAGCCCCAAGAGCACUGAGCGGACUGAUUCUGAAAAUGAGCAAGAGACAGUGCUGAGGAAUAAAUCUUUGUCUGGAUCAGCUCAAAAUAUAGCUGAAAGAAAUUUGAUAAAAUUAUCUUAUAAUGAAAGUUCAUCAGAAACACUUAUACCUCAAAAAACAGUAUUGAAAGGAACAAAGAGAUUUGGAUCUGCUAAAUUUCUACUUGGAAGCUCUAAGUCAAAUAAUUCCAUACAUUUGGGAGAGAAAGAAAACACAGAACAAAACAUUGUAAACAAAUAUUCCAAUGAAAGCAAUACUAGAAAAAAUGUUGAUACACAUAUUUUGAAGGAAUUCACAGAAGAAAAUGACAAUGUUAGCACUUAUGACAAAGAGAUUUCAAAUAGCACCUUAUCGCAAGAUCCUUUUCAACCAGAAAUAACCCUUAAUGCUGAUAUUGGAUCACAACAACUCCAUUCCUUCAGAAAUAAUCCUCUAGAAUACAAAGAGAAGCAACUUAGCAGUUCAUUGUGUGUUGUUGGGGAAUGUAACCCAAGGGAACAUUUAAAUUAUGAUAAUGGCGGUGUAGAAUAUUUAAAAGAAGGGAUGUGCAAUGAACACAAACACUUUACAAUGCCCAUGGGAUGUUACAAUGGAGAUUCUAAAGAAAAUAUGUCACAAGUAAAAAAUCAAGAUCCAUAUACCAAUGAAUCUCAGACUUUCACAGAUCAUAAAGAGUUGUCCAGUAUAUUUGGUAGUGACCUCUUUCCAAAAAGUCAUAGCAUGGCAUCUCCUGAAAUUGUGCAGAUAUACCAUAGCCAAAGUAAUAGCAAUAGUAGCUCAUUUGAUCACAAAUGCCCAGAUAACACAUCCUGUACUACAAACACUGUUGAGAACAAGACCCCCUCUACACUUUCAUUUGAUUCAUCCUCAAUAUUUGUUGAGCUGCCAAUGACUGAUUUUGAAGCUCCAAUGUACAGCAAUGUCUCCAAUGCAAAAGAAAGUUAUGUUUCAUUUACAUGCUCUAAUGAUCAACAAAGCAAGACAUCUCAUUUUGACCAGCAGUACCCUCAGUUUUUGCAGGGAAAAGGUUGGGAUAUGAUUGAAGAUGCACCUCAUUUAAUAUCAAAUAAUAUUGCCCCUUUCCAAGUGAUAGAAAAUGAAAAUUCUGAGAAAUUUGCUGAAAGAAUACAGGGAUUAUCAAGUCAAGUGACUUUAACGGGAACAAUUACAGAUUACAAUACUUCAUAUAUAAAUAACAUUUCAGAGGAUGAAUUAGAGAUUAAACGGUUAGUCACAGAGUUAGAAAGCCAACUGCAAACAAGUAAGCUACAAAAUGAGACCCAGUCUCAAGUGUGCUCUAAAUAUCAAAUUAACAAAGACCUACCAAAGUCUUGUGUCUCCUUCCCAGACUUAGCAGUGAAUUCUAAUGAAACCUGCACAAAGGACUUAUAUUUUAAAGAUAAUCAGGAUAGUUUAAGUUGCAAGGAUCCUAAGGUGGCUGAGAUUGUUACAGAUAGUAAGGUUUGUCAACCACUUGUAAAUGUUGAUAGUAGCUGUGAAGAUUCUAAAAGCCCUUGGACUUGUUCCGUUGCUUUUGAUGCAUUUACUUCUAACAUCCAGAAACAAGCAUCAACACUGGACUCUUUUGAUAGCAAAGAGAAUGAAAGCCAGUAUCAAAAAGAGCUAGAUAAUGUUCAUCUAUCAGAAGAUUUUAAUUCCUUAAAAAGCAACAAGUCCCCUUCUAUAAUGAUUGAUUCUUGUUUGCAGAAUGUCUCAAGUCAAUCAGAAAACCAAACUUUCUCAGAAAAUAACACAAAGAGAGACAGUCUGAUCAAAAUUGAAUCACUGCUUUCAAAAACCUUAGAGCAUAAAGACAUUGAUGAAAACAGCAGUCAACAAAAUAAUAGUGCAAAUGUUUUCAAUAAAAAAGAGCACUGUGAAUGCACUUUUGAUGACCCACCAACAUUAGAACCUUUUCAAAGUGUUUCUGAAUUCAGUUCUGAUUGUAAGUUGCAAGAUAACCAGGCUUCUGUUUCAAAUACCACAUUACAUGAUGAAACAUUGUGUUGUCCAGAUUUUAGUUCUGAAAUGCAAGUCACUAAAACACUAGAAUGUAAUGAAAACUGUUCAGAUUUGACCAGGAAAGAUGGAUCUUCAAAUUCAACUAUCUGCAGAGAACUACAAAACAAUGAUUUGCAAGACAAAAGGGACCAGAUACUCCUAGACAUGCCAGUUUUAGAGAAGGAAGAAACUGCUUUUACUGAAAAGUCACCAGUUGUACAAGAAUCUGCAGCCAAUCCUUUGCAACAGCUCCAAUUAUUUGUUGCCAGAACAGCAAAAAAUAAUGAGGAAGAAAUGCUUAUACCAUGCUUUCCUUUGCUGUUGUCUUCUUCAGUCCAUGCUGAUCCACAGCCUGACAUAGAAGGUGAAUCUUUAUAUAUUUCUGACAGCACAUUUCCAGCUUUGAAAGAAACAACAGAGAAUAACAUAAAUACAAUGGAACUGGAAGGGAAAGCUGAUAAACAUACUGUAAAUUCUGAAUACUUGGUUUCACAGGACAACAAAGACACACCCUCUGCCCUGCAGUAUGAAAGCAUAAGUAACGUGCAGCAAAACGAACAUUUGGAAAAUGGUUGUUCAGCGUUGGAUGCCAUGACAAAUGAUCAUAUACAUCUGCUGUCGCACAAUAAUGCUUCGGAUUGUCUGCUUCUAGAGCAAAUAAACACAGAUGACCAAAUUGAGAAUGUAGUGGAAAGUGAUGGGAGCAAACUAGGAUUGGAAAUGAAAAAUCAUAACAAAUCAACCUAUUUAACAAAUUUGUUUGAUAAUCAGGAUUUUUCCAUUGCUUCGCAGAAUACAAUGACAAUGUCCAGUGCUAUGAAAAACUGUCCAUCUGCUGAAUUAAAUAAGAGAUGUCAACUACCAUGCAGUUUAACCAUUGGCAUAGAAACACUGAGUAAAGAUACAGCAAUUAUAGAGCCACAAACACAUCAUAAAGAACCUCCAGAAUUUACAAGUGCUGAAAACCAGAAACAAAACUUUUGUAUUCUACAAGAAAGAGACUUUUUCUUGACAAAAGAUGAAAUAAGCAAAGAAACAACAACAUUUGAUGCAAAAUCUGACAGUUCCUUGUUUGCAGAUAGCUCUGCUCAUUUUGUAAUAAAUGACAAACAUCAGAAACCUUUGCAUGAAAACAAAAAUGCCACCGACCCAACAGCACAUGUUCAAUUAAGCUUUGGUCUUUUUCAUCAUCUUCCAUUAGAGGAAUCUGUCCACAACCAAACCAUGUUAGUGACAACAACAAUAAAUAAAGAAGACCCUGUCUGUAAUAGUAGAGAAAAAUGUCAUGUGGAGGCUGAGUGUCCAGUAAGCAAGUCAGACAAAAAAUUAUUGAGAAGACCUGGUGGUUGUGCUUUUCUUAAUGAAGAAAGAUAUGGGUCUUCAUCAUUGGAAAUAAGCCAGAACCAAGAAACAAAACUUGAUGAGUCUGUUUCAGACAGUGCUGAUGACAACAUAUCUCAGUGUUUCUACUCUGAAUUGACAUGUCCAGAUUACAAGGAACAAUCAGAAAAUUCUGUCACCGAUGUUAUUCUUGGAUGUCAAUCACUGCCUGCUAAUGGAGGAUAUCAAAUUUAUCCUGCAACAGAAAACCAGACGUACCCUACUCUUCAAUCUGAUCUCUUUUCACAAAGUAUAGAAUCCAUUACAGAAUCCUCACUUUCGUGUCAACAAGGAACAAGUCUUAAAAGUAACUGGAAUAAUAAAGAUCACAUUAUCCCCAUAAGCAAUGAAUAUCCAUCUGAAAACAGAAAUACAUCACUAGUAUGUGACUUGAUAGAUAUGACACAUCCAGAGUUUGUAGAUUUGUGUCAACAUCAGGCAUCAGAAACUGGAAAAGAAGGUCAGGCUUCUGAAAGUUCAAUGAUUACCGAAACUGAUAGUAUGACUGGUGAUUCAGAUAGAACAUGUUCUAAUGACAUGGACUCUGUUAUAAAUGGAGUAUUACGCAUUCUAGAUUGUGACAAGAGCAAAGAAAUAUUAGAAAGCAUUGGUAUCUCCUCCAGGACUAGCCCCAUAAAAGAAAAGAAGCCUGUAGGACUGUCACUUACAUGUGAUGUAUGUUUUGUAUCCUUUAAAUCAAAACCUGGAUUAACAAGGCACAAAGCUGUAAAGCACAACACAAAGAAAGAAGGGCAUUUCAUAUUACAAAAAGAUGGGAAAGGAAGUGACAGUAUUUUAAAUGGGAAAUCUGAGAGAGCUUUACCAGCUUCUGAAAGAGAACUUGAUAACACCAGUACCAAAAAGACUUCUAAUCCAUUAAUUACUCAAAGCUUCUCUACUGAAAUGUUUAAGAAUCCUACCACUGACCUUCUAAACCAUGAAAGUAAUCUCCAUUCACAGAAUUUGUCUGAUGAAGAACAAAGACCUUUACCAGCAAAACAUAAAGGUGAAAAAAGAAGCAAGGUACAAUAUGAUGGAGGUACUGGGUCAGGAGUUGUUUGCAAAAGGAAUUUAAAUAACAAUGUUAAAAAACGAAGAAUAAAGAUGGCUUCCAGUGAUUGUACAGAAUCACAAGUUCCUUCAGAUGACAUAUUGAACAUUCUCAAAGCAAACAUUUUGAAAGCCAUUGGGCACUCAAACAGCUUCACCACUCCUAAAGAAAAUAGUGUAUGUACACAACAUUCUAAUAAUGAUGCUUUGCAACAGGACUCCAGUGAUGAAUGUAGUGUCAUAGGAAUCCAUACUUCCAAAAGCAUAGGAGCUGAAGCAGAGAUAAGUAAAACUCUUGAAAUAGAAGAAAAGUGGUCAACAAACUUUAAUGAAGUUGUUGAAAACAUGGUAAAUAAUGUAUCUGAAUUGGCACAAAUUAAGAGAGAUUCUUCAGAUGAACAUAAAGGAUAUGUUAACAUACCAGAAGAUAUACAUUCAAUAGAUCACCUUGUACCUGCAAAGGAUAUUUCACCAAGUAAUGAAAUCUUAAUUAAAGAAAAGACAUUGGAACAUGCCAUAGAGGAAAGCAUAAAGCAACAUUUUAAUGAUUCAGAAACUGUGCAGGUUGCAAAUGGUUUAUUUGAGUCUAAAGACAUUGAAACUGAGCUUCAUAACUUGUUUGAUGACGACAACACAUUUUCACAGCUAUUCCCUAGGGAUGAUAAUUUCAUUAGGAGAAAAUGUACCCGUGUUUAUGGUAAACGGAAUAAAAGACAGACACCACCUUUUGAAGCAGAUAUUGUUGAUUCCAGUGCUCAAGUGAAAAACUUUGCAUGCAGAUAUGAAAACAUUUCAGUUGAUUCCAACUUGAUCAGCAGUCGAUGUUCCACAGGAAAUCCUGAAAUCGGUGAACUUCAUGCAGAAUAUGAUGACCUUAACCCAAUGAAGGAAGGAAUUGUUGUAGAUGAUAACAAGAUACUGUCAUUAGUUAAUAUUCAUGAACCAACUUUGAUCAGAGAAAAUAAAGAAGAACAUGGCAAAGAAGUCUCCUUUGGUGACAAUGUAUAUAAAUCCCCUAAUGAUUCUGGAGAGUCAUUAGUAAAAAUGAGUUCGGUCAUGAAUGAAUCAGAGCUGGAAGAUGUUACAUAUGACGAUUCAAAUCUUCCUGAGUUUCCAACAAUUGACAUGAAGAUGCUAAGUGCAAAGUUUGACAUGAGUGAGCUCUCUUUCUUCAGUGCAUGUGGAGAUGACUCUGACCAUUCUGACAUGGACACAUCAAAUAUAGCACAAAAAGCAGAUCAGCAAAAGAGAAAUGCAAAAAAUAGAAACGACAAUAAGAGACAUGCAAGAAAUCGUAGUAAUACAGCUAUUAAAACCAAGGAUAAACAGUAUAAAUGCAAAGUCUGUUUUCAGUGGUUUUUAACAUUAGGAGAACUGGAUUUUCACAAGCUUACUCAUAAUCCCUCUCCCCCACCUACCUGCUAUAUGUGUGUCCAGCGCAAAUUUAGCUCUCGUGAACAAUUGAGGGAUCACUUAAAAGAUAAACAUGCAAAAAAUAAGGCUGGUCUCUGGAUUUGUGGAAUGUGUUUAAAAGAAAUAUCUGAUGUAUGGAUGUAUAAUGAACACUUAAGAGAACAUGCUACACAGUUUGCUAGAAAAGGCCAAGCACAGAAAACAGUGAUGGGUAUUCCUGGCUGUUUUGCAGAGGAUAGUAUGGUGAGGACAUUUUUAAGCACCUUCAUCUAUAGAACACCAAAUAAAUCACCUAAAACCUCUGAGCCUAAAGACAAAAGCCCAGAAAAUAAAAGGCAAGACCAAAAGGUUCAUAAGGAAGAAGAUAAUGUGGUUGAGAAGGAACCAGAAAGUGCAAUUCAAAAUGUUCCUACCACUCAUGUUCAUGUAAAACAAUCUGUUAGCCCACCUUUGGAAAAUACACAAAAAAAUGACUUUAUUCAUAAAAAUCCAGCAAUUCAUCCUCAUUGUAAAGAUCCCUCUAGAGACUGCCAUCAUUGUGGAAAACAGUUUCCAAAGCCAUUCAAACUACAGAGACACCUGGUAGUACACAGUCUACAAAAAAUGUAUUUAUGCCAUAAGUGCCCAAAAUCUUAUCAAGAAGUGUAUGAGUUGAGAAACCAUCUUAACAAUGAGCAUCAAUUAACAGGGGAGCCUGAAAUAAAGCAUACAACACUUUAUGCAUGUGAACUCUGUGCAGAUGUCAUGCAUGUCAUUAAAAAGUCUUUCAUAUGCAGCACAUGUAACUACACAUUCUCCAAGAAAGAACAGUAUGAUAGGCACAUGGAAAAGCACUUGAUUGGGGGCAACAUGACCUUUAAGUUUCGAGGGGUCAUGAGGCCUGGUGCAUCUGGUAAAGAUAUCAAGGAAAAGAAAAAAGAACAUUCUAUGGAUAAAAAUAUUCCACCAAGCAAAAAACUAAAGACAUCUCAUGAUAAACUAUCGGACACAAGCUGCAUGAAUGUCAAACACAACAGUAAUGAACAGCAGUCUGUUGAACAUGUUAAUCCAUCAAGUAAAGUAUAUGAUAUUGAGGUACAAAAAAACAUAGAAAAUGAAUCAACUGUUACCAUAAAAAUGGAGGACACUACUAUGGAUGCCUCAGAGCUUCAAAGAGGAAGUUCAGAUACCCAAGGAUUACCAUGUAAUAUUGAAUUAAGCCCUUCAUUAUGUUCUAAGAGUGAACUAAAAAGUGAUAUGGAUGAAAAUGUUCAAACCGAAAAUGUUUAUAGUAUGGAUACUGAAAUUGUGUCUCCAUGCCUUAUUGCUACAGAAGAUGAUGUAAAGGCCCUCACUCAGGAUGAGGAAGCUUCACAACUCAUGGAACCCCCAAUUUUAUACCCAAUAAAUCCAAAACAUGCCAGUACAGCCCAGAACCCAUUUUUAUAUAAUGAAGAAGAAGAGGUAGCUGAUGUCCCUGAAAUGGGAUCUCCACAAGUCACUGCGGAUUAUGUGCUCUGCCAGUUGAUAUCAAAGGAAACUAAAGAACUAUUUGAUUCAAAUAGAGUGGUAUCACCCACCAAAAAAUAUUCUAGAGAAUUGUGCUGCCCUAAAAAUGAACCUACAGAGGAUGCAAAUACUUUGAAGGCACUUUUAUUAGACGAUGUAGCUACAUCUCCAGUGCAGCUGAAAGAUAAAUCAGUUUCUUCUGAUGUGAAUUCUUUGAAAGAAUCAAAGGGUCUGAAAAAGAAUAGGUUAGCCAGUCAGCUUAACACUAGAGUGGGAUGUCAUGAACAAACUGUAGCUAGUGAAGAUGUAGUAAAGCCCUCUGUACAGAAGAUGAAAGCUACCCCUGAUAUAUGUUCUCUAAUGAGGGAUAACAAUGCUUGCACUUUGAAAGAGACAAUGGGAGGUCACCAUAAGCUGGCCAAAAAAGAACUGACUGCCUAUGUUGCAAAGCAUAAUAAUACAGACUCUAGCAAGUCAGUUGAAAAAAGUUCAGCAAAUGUGCCUCCCAAACAUCAUACAAAGAAGUACAAAGAGUACAAGUUAUCUGAUCACAAGGUUAGCACAUCCUACCAAGAGAACAUGUCUGCAGAAGGAAAAAGGAAGAAGACAAAGCUGCUAGGGACUGGAAAGACUGAUAGCACAAGUAGCUUAAAAAAAACAGAUUGGACAAACAAUAUUUCAGCCUUUUCAGGUGCAAAAGACGAACCACUGUGUACUCGACAAUAUUCCAAGUCAUAUACAGUGGGGGCAAGCAGUCAGGUGAAAAAGACUGUGCUUGACACGCACAACCAGAGAAAAAAUAACCCUCGGACUAGCAAUGGAGAAUACAAGUACAAAAAAGCCAUACUUACUAAACCUUUACACUCAUUCACACCUAAAAACUCACCUUUAUGUCUGAGUAGCUCCUCAUACAAGCACAGACAGGGGUAUUCAACAAAAUCCACUGAGCCAUCUAAUUACAGAACUGCUGAAUCACAGAACAACCUUUUAAGUCAACUUUUUGGGCAGAAGCUAACCAGCUUUAAAAUUCCCCUAAGGAAGGAUAUAACAGAAUGACACUACUUGAUCAAUAGUACAUCUUUCUUUGGGAUGUGGUCAAAGCUGACACUAAAGGGGAAUAUAAAUCAAGUCAUGGAAUAAAAUGUUCAAGAAAGUUUUUUUUGUUUUUUGGGGGGAGCAUUAUUUUUAAGUCUAGCUUUGCCAAACUUGCACUGCCGCCUGUGUAAAAUAGUUUCCUUCUGUGCUGUAAUCUACUUUUAUUACACCUGAUUUGUCAAGCUAAUGUUGCAACUUUGAAGUGGAUUUUGAUUUCCAGGGACUUCAAAUAAAUGUUCAUUGUUCUGGACGGACUUGUUACUCAAGAGCUAUUUUCUAUUGUUAUAUAUAUAAUGUCCCUUUAUAUGUUCACUUUAGCUUUAUUGCUAAAUUUACAGAUUACAAACGUUAUUUCUUCCAUCAGAAUAUAUGAAAUACACAUGUUUAAUCUUUCUGUAUAACUUAACUGUAAUUAUAAAUGCCUUGCAAGUCUACAUUUAAGUAAUAGCAAUGUAGUGUUUUUCAUGCUAAACACAACAUUGCAAAGCCAAAUACUUUAAAGCCAAAUAAAAAUCAAAAAUGCAUUAGACUGUACAUUUUGUUCACAAAAAGCAGGAAAAGCAUUAAUCUUAAAAUAUUAACUUCAAUUGGUUAAAAGUACUUACAUUUGGAAAUGAAUGAUUAUAAAAAUAACAUUUAAUUUAUUGUCUAGUGACACAAUACUUUGGAAGAUUUAUUUUUCACAUUUCUUUGUUUGGGUUAUGGAACUAAAGCUUUAGUGCAAAGUAUAAACCUUGUUGAUAUCUGCAUAAAUGUAUUUGCUGGUGUUAUAACAACAAGUCAGCUGUUCCGUCAGUCACUAUCAAUGUAUAAUUGACAUUAUGACAAUGUAUAAUUGACAUUUAUGAUCAUUUUAAUGUACAUUUCCACUGGCUAGGAGAUCACAAUAUCUCUGAUACUGCUCUUAACAUUAAGUGAAGAAUUAAUGAUUUUGAUUCAUUUUAAUUCUACGCUGUGUACAAAUAUAUGUUUGGACUGAAAUCAGUCCACCCUGCACUAAAUUAUGGACUACCCUAACGCACUGUAGCAAUAUUAUAUAUGAUUUUUGUUCUGCUAUAUUAUUGCCUUUUAUGUCUGUCGUAAGAAGACUGUAUGCAAAUUGUGGUGGCUGAACCAAAUGUAUACAUUACAAAAUUCUUGUUUAACUCAUAAAUAAGAAUAUCAGAUGACGAAUGAAGAAUGAACAAUUUUUUCGCCUUAAAUACUGGUGCUUAAGAUAUUAUUAGCUGUAUUUUCCUUAGUUUAAAGGAUAUUUUUGGCUUUUUAAACUAUUCAUUCAUUAACUUCUAAUGAAUAAUUUGACAAUUUUGGUCAUAUGAUCUAUUAUUUCCACUGUGUUCUGAGUUUUGUAUCCGAUUCUUGUGACCACUGUAAAUAUUCUGAAUUAUCAGUAUUUUGCUAACAUAUUACAAACUGUGCUAUAACUUCUGUAGAAGCCUGUGGCAGAGACACUGGCAUAGGAUUAAGUAACUCAUUUUAACUGUAAUGCCCCAGAUUUUGAAGGACUUCAUGUGUUUUCCAAUAGAGUCAUGUGCUUGACAAUCUUACUGUAUGCUCCCAAAAGCCUUUGCUUUUUAUAUCCAUGGUGCUAUUUUAUUCAUAAAUUAAUGUGAAUACAACUGACAGGAUCAUUGACCAGUACCGGUACAGUGUUAAAAUCACUCCAUGCUCUAUCUGAUUUUUUUUUUCUAUCAUUACCAUAUCUAUAAAAGAAAAUCAUAAACUCAGGUGUAAUGGACAAUCACCCUGAUUCUACAAAGAAGCUCAACAUACACAGCGAUAAAAGGCACUGAUGUAGCUCUUAAAGCCAGAGUAAUCUGCACAGAUCCUGAGGAACACUAAAAUACGCAAGGCUUUAACCUGUUAAUAUGUAUCUAAAAUGCAUUGUAUUGUAUAAAAAAAAAAUUCUAGUUAUUUGGUGCAAUGCGUAACAAAAUAAAAUUUAUUUUGAUAUUUUUGUCCAAUAAAGCAGAAGAGCAUUAUGCCUUUUUAUAUUAUUAUUUUGUAUGGCUUAAAAGCCUCUUUAUUAUGUUGUUAAAUAAAAUAUGAUGAAGCAA